AUGGCAUCUACCGCAGGAGGCAUCAAGGUGUUUUCGGGCACCUCGCACCCGGAACUCGCCGAGCUCAUCGCCAAACGUCUCGGUCAGCCGUUGGGCAAGGCUACGGUCACACGCAACGAAUCGGGCGAAUCGAUCGUGCGCAUCGCCGAGUCGGUUCGAGAGCACGAUGUCUACAUCAUCAACACGUCGUGCGUGUCUCCCACGCCUACUGGCGCAGCCGCUUCUCCCAACACGUCACUCAUGGAACUGCUCAUCAUGAUCCAUGCUUGCAAGACGGCUUCGGCCAAACGCAUCACCGCGGUGAUCCCGCACUUUUUCUACGCUCGUCAGGACAAGAAGGACAAGUCGCGUGCUCCUAUCACGGCCAAGUUGAUUGCCAACAUGCUCGAGAAUGCGGGGUGUGACCAUGUGAUCACCAUGGAUCUGCAUGCUAGCCAGAUCCAGGGCUUCUUUGAUGUGCCCGUCGACAAUCUGUACGCGGAACCCGCAGCACUGCAGUACAUUCGAGAGAUGGUCGACGUCAACAAGGCGGUGAUUGUCUCGCCGGACGCGGGUGGUGCAAAACGCGCCACUUCGCUCGCGGAUCGGCUCGAGCUCGACUUUGCUCUGUUCCACAAGGAACGCAAGCGCGCCAACGAAGUGUCGCGCAUGGUGCUCGUCGGCAACGUCGAGGGAAAGGUGGCCAUCCUGGUCGACGAUAUGGCGGAUACCUGUGGAACGCUCGAGCUGGCCGCGUCGCAGUUGAUCGAAUACGGCGCAGAACGAGUGUUGGCUAUUGUCACGCACGGGAUCCUAUCUGGACCGGCGCUGGAUCGCAUCUCGAACUCGCGGCUGGAAAAGCUGAUUGUCACCAACACGUUGCCGCAGUCGCACAACCGAUCGCGCUGCACCAAGAUCGAGGAGAUCGACAUCUCGCACGUGCUCGCAGAGACGAUCCGACGGAGUCACUACGGCGAGUCGGUCUCGGUGCUGUUCAACCAGAUCCCGUACGACACCGCACAGCCGUACCGGCACGAGCACGACGACGAGAUCACCGCUGCUGCUGCUGUUGCUCGCACAGAUGCCACAGUGGCAGCCAGCACACGCACCAGUCGCCCACAAAGCCGCGCCAUCAGCCCCUCGCACUCGAAACUCUUCCCCCCCAGCCCGUACACACUACCAGACCCGCCCGUCGCAGCAAACUACUUUGCACACCACCCCACCACGCCCUCUCCUACAUCUACCGCACAUCCCGCGCUCGACACGCCAAAGGCUUCCGAUCCCAAAUACGCCCCCUCUCCCCUCAGCAGAAACGUAUGA